GUUCGGCUCCUAUAAAGUCAGGUCUGCUCCUCUUCAUUCAUUCCCCCGCCAGCCCCGCCGGCAGCAGCACGUCCGGCCCUUGCAGAGGAGCUGGGAAUCCUGCCCCGGAUUCCUGCAGGAUGCUCAUGAGCGGAGCGAUGCCGCGGAUGGCCGCCCUCACCUGCCUGCAGCUCCUGCUGCUGCUGCGGGCCGCGCAUUGCCGGCCCCACGCGUGGGACCAGGACAGGCUGCAGCUGGAGGCGGUCAAAAAGGCGAUCCUGGAGCGGCUGGGGAUGGCGGCUCCCCCCGCCAUCCGGCACCGGCCGGACCCGGAGAGCAUCCAGAGAGCGCAGCGGCUCUACCGGAGGGCAGCGGCGGAGCUGGCCGGCAACCGGAGCCGGGAGGAGGAGGAGGAGGAGGAAGGGGAGGAAGCCGUGCCCAGGCUGCACCGCCUGACCCCCACCUUGCUGCCCUGGCUGGACAUCCCCGAGGGACACCGGGACGCGCAGGGACAGCGGGAGCCCCUCGGUCCCCACCGCUACCACCUGCUGCUGUCCCGCACCGCCGAUUUCCAGCGGCAGCUCCGCGUGGUGCGGGCGGAGCUGAAGCUCCUCCGGCAGCCGCUGUCCCCUCCCGCCGCCUCGGUGCCACCUCGUGUCACCAUCUCCGCCCUGCCGGGCGCUGGGGGCUCCGCUCAGGUGCUGCAGAGCCAGGAUCUGCAGGAUUCCCUCAUUCUGGACCUGACAGGAGCCAUCGGGCCCUGGCUGGCCGGGCCCGAGCCCUCGCUGCGCCUGCAGCUGGAGUUCAGCACCGACGUCUCGGCAGCGCUGGCCACCUCCGAGGGGAAGACGCUGGAGCUGGAGGUGCAAACCCUGGAGAAACCAGCCCGGGCGGCCAGGAGAGCCCGGGGGCUGCAGGAGGAGUGCGGGAAGGGCGACGGGAGGUGCUGCCUGAAGUCGCUCCGGGUCUCCUUCCAGGACAUCGGCUGGGCCGACUGGGUGGUGGCGCCCAGCAGUUACCACAUGCGGUUCUGCGAGGGCUCCUGCCCGCACAACUACAAACCGGCCAGCAUGCACGCCCAGAUCCAGUCCCGGGUGCAUUCGCUGUCCAAGGCGGCGCCUCCUCCCUGCUGCGUCCCCGCCGGCUACGACCCCAUGGUGCUGAUGCACCUGGACGGCCAGGGCAGGCUGGUGUCCACCCUCUUCGAGGACAUGCUGGUCACCGGGUGCCACUGUGCCUGACAGCUGCAGCUGUGCCCAUCCCGGGGGGGCACAGCCAUCCUGGCAGCUCCAGCAUCGCAAAAUCCACGUCCUGGGGCACCCUGAGCUCAGCUCCAGCAUCCCAAAAUCCUCAUCCUGUGGCACUGAAUUACUCAUCUCCAGCCCUGGAUCCACUCAGCCAUGGAGUUUCCACUGUCAGCAUCCCAAAAUCCACAUCCUGGGGCACCCUGAGCUCAGCUCCAGCAUCCCCAAAUCCAGAUCCUGUGGCACCAAGUGACUCCACACCAGCCCUGGAUCCACUCAGCCAUGGGCUCUCCAGCAUCAGCAUCCCCAAAUCCAGAUCCUGUGGCACCAAGUGACUCCACACCAGCCCUGGAUCCACUCAGCCAUGGGCUCUCCAGCAUCAGCAUCCCCAAAUCCAGAUCCCAUGGCACCAAGUGACUCCAACCAGACCUGGCUCUGCUUCAGCCCUGGGGUCUCCAGCUCUGCCACCCAGCCCAGCCCCAGCAUCUCCAGUUGUGACCUCUCUACCAAAAGAACUGAUUCCUCUGUCUCUUCUCCAAUUUAAAUCCAUAUUUUAUUGAGCAGGUGGGUUCUUCCCACCCAAGAGACCCCCGAUGGGCUGGGGUGGGUCUGUGCCCAGGUGUCCAUGUCCCACUCCAAACCCUCUUUGCUCAGAGACUUAUUUAUGCAACCCAGUUAUUUAUUUCUAACUUAUUGUAUUUUAUAGCAAAAUAUCCCUUUUUUAGGG